CCCUAAGAAACCCUUUUUUUCCCGCAACCGUCUGGAGACGGGAGACUGGCCGCCGUUCUCUUCCUCACUUUAUCCCUCUCGCUAUCUCCGUAGCGAUCACGCUGCAGCUUCGCCGGUGGUCGCAGGGCUCCUGUUGCCGGUUCUCGCUUCUUCCGAAGGAAUUCAAGUGAAAUGGGUGCAAAGGCAAAGAAAGCUUUGAAAAAGAAAUUGAAGAAGACAUCUCAACUAUCAAUUUCUCGUCACAAAAAUGAAUCAUCUGACUUUUUGCCUUUAGAAGGAGGUCCAGGACGGAAACUUGCAAAAGUGGAAGAAGAACCUGCCAAAAAUAUAGCAACAGUAUUGUAUAUUGGUCACAUUCCCCAUGGAUUUUAUGAAGAACAAAUGAAAGGAUUCUUCAGUCAAUUUGGAAAAAUUAAGCAUGUGAGAAUUGCUAGGAGUAGGAAGACAGGGAAUUCUAAGCAUUAUGGUUUCCUUGAAUUUGAAAAUCCAGAGGUUGCCAAGGUUGUAGCUGAUGAGAUUAAUAAUUAUCUUGUGUUUGAGCACAAUCUUCAGGUUCAUCUUAUCCCACCAGAACGCGUUCAUCCAAAGCUGUGGAAAUGCGCUAAUUGGAGAGACAAUAGAAAAGAUUGGACAGCGAUUGCACGUACGCAGCACAACAAGGAAAGAACAUCUGAUGAACACCAACACAUGGUUGAAGGCAUCGUUAAACGGGAAGAGAAGCGGCGCAAGAGAAUCAGAGCUGCCGGCAUCAACUACGACUGCCCAGAUCUUGUUGGUCUUGGUCAGCCAGCUAGUAAGAAAAUAAAAUUUGACGAAGAGGAUGAUUAAAUUUAUCAAUAUGGUCUGCAGUCUAUAGAUGGCGUUGCCUUCUGAGUGCUACAAUUGUUUUGUACUUGAAUUGACAGACAAGCUCAAUUUCACGGUAGCAAGUGCCAAAAUACUAUGUGCCUUUUUUAUGUUAUAUGCAGUUCGACUCUUUAUUAUGUGCCCAUUUACUCCAAUUAAAAUCAAAUUUUGGGUGGAA